GUUUAUUCAAUAGUGAACUCCGAUUUGAAAGAAACAUGUCACUUAGACGGAAGAAAGUGAAAUAUGACCAUUUCCGUCUUAUCGCGUACUGGAUAUUUUGACGUCGCUGUAAGGCUUGUCAUGUUAUACAUCGUUAUCAAACUUGUGCUAAAUGACUGGCUGUCUCUGUUUCAGAAUAUCUUACUCCCUGUAAGAAACACUGGAAUCGCCGAAGGACAAUUCCUUCCUUGUAUACAGCAGGAUUCUGACAAGCUCUCCAGCCGUCAAAGACCGUUUCAUCAGUCUGUCUCACUCGGACUAAUGUAGUGAACACGACAUUUUACAGACGAAGAAAAAGUCAUCGCGACCCGUGAGGAUCGCCCACACAGUCCAGCAGAGUUACCUCCCAUGUUUGAUGCCUGCUGUAUGCUGUCAGCAUCUACUGUUUCAGUCUAACUAACUCCAUCAACUGAGUUGACAGCCGACUUGACUGAGGUACCGGUGCCAAGUCCAUCACUUUUUUCUUCUUCCCGGUUCCACAUACGGCAUAAUAUUGGCUCAAUCAACCAAAUCUCCUACUACCAGCAUGGGGCGCAAAAAAAUCCAGAUCUCGCGAAUAGGCGAUGAACGCAAUCGUCAGGUUACAUUCACCAAGCGAAAGUUUGGAUUGAUGAAGAAAGCUUAUGAGUUGAGCGUGUUAUGUGACUGCGAGAUCGCCCUCAUCAUCUUCAAUGGCUCCAACAAGCUGUUCCAGUAUGCCAGCACUGAUAUGGACAAGGUCCUUCUGAAAUACACCGAGUAUAAUGAACCCCACGAGAGCCGCACAAAUAAGGACAUCAUUGAGGCUCUCAACAAGAAGGAACACAAGGGCUGUGAGAGUCCAGAGCCUAUUGAGCAAGACCCCUUCGCCCAGGGCCUACGUGGGGAUGACAAAUACGAGCGCAUCAACGAUGACUACCAGCGUGUCAUGCAGCAGAACGUCAUGAGGAAGUUUAUGAAUUAUCCACAGUUCUUUGACCAAAGCGGGGGCAUCCAGCAGUACCACAAUACCAUGCCGGUGCCGAUACACAAUAGUGGCUAUCCCAGUCAACCGGGUUUGAUUCCGCCUCCACAGAACCAUGUCCUGAGUGGCUCCCCUGGACUGCUACAGCCACCACAGGUGGCGCCCCCUAGCCACAGUCCCAGACCCAACUCUACUGGUGGGAUGGUUGAUCUGAGUCAUUCCCCCACCCCAAAUGGCUACCCCCAUCGAGUGUCCCCGUGCAGCUCGCCGGGGGUGAUGGUCCACCAUGCUAAGCAGAUGGCCAAACAGUCGCCCACCCCAACCCAAAUGAGGCCCAACCCAAACCUUCGUGUGAUGAUCCCACCUCACAGCCGUGGGGAUCUCAUGUCACCUGAUCUCCAAGGCCGAGUAGGCAACUCCUUAGUAACGCCAGUUGUAUCCUUGGCAACCCCGAACAUGCCGGGUAGCGGGUACCCCUCAUCACUUCCCUCGUCGUUUCAUCCAAAUGAUUUCCCCCUGACCACUGCUGAUGUGAGUAAUGGUUACAACUCGUGGUGUGGGCAGGGCUCGCUGACUACCGGGUCUCCGCAUCACUCCACCGGGCUGUCGCUGACGUCGGGGACAGUUCCACACACUGCCAACUCGGGUCACCAUUUAUCUCCCUUGGCAAUCAACACAAUGACACAACCUAUGAAUAUCAAAAGCGAACCUAUCUCGCCUCCACGGGACUCCACGACCCCCUCUAGUCACCACCAACAGCAACAGCAACAGCUUCGUCCUCCAUCUGCGGGAACCGGGCAUCUGUCGCCCGGUCACAUCUCUCAUAGCAACAGUUCCUCUCCGGUGAAUGUACACACCAACGACUACGACGGCCCGAUGGUGAAACGCUCCCGUAUAGAGGGUUGGGCAACCUAGGGGAAGCUGGAGUACAUCAGAGUCUCCAUCUUGCUGUCUGUCUCUAUCUCAAUCUGCAGACACAGAGACUAACGUCGCCUGAUUGGUCAGCAGGACUUGGUCAGCAGCUUGCUCAUUGGCUCGCUAGCUACGGCCAUCAGCUGGUCUGACCGCUACCGGAGUGGUGGACUUGUAUAUUGUACAGGAAGCUGCGUCAAGCAGGACAGUUAUGUACUAAUACGUACUUAAAAUCCCAUAUUUUCGUACGUAUGUUUCUACUCCCGUGUUUAUGCGUAUGAUUUUGCGCAUGGUGGAAGGCUACGAGCCUUUGGUGCCUUUCAGGUGGACAAACUGGAUAGACGCUUUCAUUUGUGUAAAUAUUGCUCCUGCACCUUCUGUCAAUCACCAGUGAUGAUCACUACAUAUGUUUAUUAUCAUUAUUAUCCAACUGUGCAGAAGUUGUUGUAUCAGUUACUUAUGUGGCCGUUUUGAAUACACUGACAGAUGAGGUGGAGUGUUUUGUUGACAUAUAAAUGCAUAUAUUCCCCCGUCUUGUGCCUAGUAACAACGUUGUGACAUUGUAACACGACAUAGUAGCUCUGGACGAGUCCGUACAGCAACGGACGGACAGAUGCUAUCUCAGCUAGUCUAGUGCUCACUGUCAAAUAAUUCAACGAAAUUAAAAGUGGUAGUAGAUUAGUUAACGUAGGAUGAAGCCCCUCGUGAGUGGGAUUAGUCAGCGACAAUGAGGAUUUCAUAUCACUGUUGUGCACACAUUAGACAUGAACACGUGUACGUAUCCAUUCCCGUAGUGGGUUGAUUCUUGAUGUGUACUCACCAUGCAAAGGGCAAAGAUGAGGAGUGACAGUCACUCAAUGUUAUCUUGCACCAUCACACAGCUUUUUUUCUUCUCUUUGAAACACAUUGUAAUCCUGACCUUUGACUUUACCAUGAAUCACUCAUAUGAUAUUCAACGCCGACUUUUCAAAUGUCAAAAAUAAUAUGCCACCAAAAUUUAUAGUAUUUAAUAGACUCUGUUAUUGAUGAAGUAAUGAUCAUAAUUUGAAUCUUUAGGGAAUCUACUUUAUAAGUUUGGAACAAAUUCCAGACAUUUAUUAUAUAUCUACGACACCCAUGGGAGGUCGCUCUCUCAUAGUAAUGUGCAAUAUAAUUAAUGCCAGUGCUGACACAGCCACUUACAGACUUGGUGCCACCUCCCGACCAUCUUGAAAAGUGCUUUUAAUUUAUUUAUAUGUUGAAAAUUUGUUGAAGUUUGUGAUGAAAUAGAAGCCUGAUAGGACAGUGUAAAGUGACAGAGAAACCUCGCUCGUAAACCCUGAUAGACACUUUCGCUUCUUUGUACCAAUAUAUAACUCCUAGUUGGGUAAGGAAACAACAGACUGCAUGGUUCGAAGAUGUGGUUCAGGUUAAGCAUAUCAGAGAAAUGAAAUAAGUCAAUGAUUGUAAAUUCUGAUGAUUCCGAAAUUUGGCCCGGAAUACAGAUGGUGUACAUGUUGGAAACGUGAUCGUGCUGGCCAUUUGUGGACUGGCCAUGCGUAGUUCAGGUGCAUUUAUAAAGGCUAAUAGAUAAUUAUUUUUGUAUUUGUUUCAUAACACCUAUAGAGUAUAUUUUCAAACUUUUAUCACAGAAGUCGAUUAUGCUCAUAUGAUCUUUUAGACCUGCAGUGUAGAGGUUGUAUAUAUUGGAGAGUCUUUAGAUGACACUUUUCUAAUCUACGCAAAUUGUACCUUUACAACUAUUUAUACUUUUCAACCAGAAACUCUUUCUGAUAUGUUUAUUUUAAUUCUUCCUUGGACCAUUACGACUCCUAGUCCUUGUCUGUUACUCUGUAUAUGAAAAGAUUAAGUUUUCAUAUUUUUGCAUACUUUCCUAUUCCUUGUAUAUUUUAGCAUUUAUAAACAGUUUGAUAUCAGGGAUGAUAAUUUUCUGUUAAAAGUUGAAAUUAUAGGUGAUAGCCUCAUCUAUGAAUGUUGUACAAACUAUUACUAUUUAAUUUCCUUGAGACGGUUGAUUGUUCCCUCUCUCCUCUGUUAAUCAACUGAUAUUAGGAAUAAGUUGAGUGCUUUUACUAAGAUCAACUGUGAUAUUCAAAUGAUGGCUAUUUCUUGAGUGAGUGUUCUAUAUGUUGCCUUAGCGAUAAUAUGUUACUAUGGUUACUAGGCAUGUUACAGAAUGUGUAUAUCAGGUAGCACUGGCUUGGCAGCUCCACAAUUGCAAACUGACUCUGGUCUUGACAAGUGUUGACACUUCAAACUAUGAAAUAUUUCCGCAGUAAUUGCUGUUUGGAUUUCCCUGAUGCUGUCCCAUCACUUACCAUAAGAUGUCACUUUGCAAUUGAAAAGCUGAGAAAUGUGUAUAGUUACUCAGGCAAUAUAAUGUGUUACUUCUGUGUUUUACUAGGACGUGUCAGUGGCAUUGUUAAGGUCAUGGUACCAUGACGUGUUAGCGGGCUGACUGGAGGAGGGGCGUGGCUUCUGACUGUGUUAACAAAAGCAUUGAAGGAGAGUUGUUCCAAUUGAAGGACUUUACAUAAUGAAAAAGUGCUUUUAACUAUUAAUAUGUUUGUAUACCAUUAUGAAUGGUUUAAUUGUUGCAAAACUUGCAAGAAUUUUGUAUGUAUAAAUAUUUUUGUGCUGUA